UUAAGCUUCUUUCAGGGUCUCUUCGUCGAGGUCGAACUCGUCGCGCAGGUCGAGGGCCUCCGAGUCGCUCGUUUCAAUCUCGUGGGUCCUGGGGCUUCCAUGGAUCCAAGCCGCGCACAUCCCAGCCAAGGGAUGGAGCUGUUGCGGAGGACCGUGCAGCUGGCGUGCAGCCGCCUUCUCGGGCACCAGCUCGUCAUGGGCGAGAGAGGCCAGACUGUCCUGCGCCGUUGCCGACGCUUCCUCUGCCGCGUCCUUCGCUGCGUGCCGCUGCUCCCAGCGGCACUGUCGGCAUGGUGCUAUGGGCAUGGUGCGUCGCAUCGUUUGCCUGCCGGAGGACUACCCUCCGACUAAGUCCUUCGCGCUCCUCCGCAUUCUGCGAAGGACCGAGGAGGAGAAAGUGGAAACCACGAGCCUUGAAGAACGUCGGAAUCGAAAGAGGUAUAAAGGGGCCUUUUCGCGUUUUGUUAGCCUCAGUCUUUUUGGGCCCGUCUCCCCGUCUCCGGUCGAGAAUCGCUUUUUGUGGACGCUACUGCUGCUGCUGUGUCACUCGGCCAUCGGCCACCCAACGUCCUCA